GAGGAUCUGGAGAUGAGCAGAGGAGGGGUCGCUGAGACCAGAGUGUACAUUAGACCCUGGUCAUCUGGGUGAGCUGCCCACUCCAGAACAUCUGCUUCACCUCCUCAUUCUGCUGCUGGGUCUAAAGCGGUCUCUCUCAGGUCCAGGAUGGUCGGACGGCUGCUGCUUCAGGGUGCACUGAUCCUCUGGCUGGUUCAGGCGGCGCAUACAGGGGGUGUGGGUCGGGCAAUGGGGCCUCAGAAUGGAUUUGCUGGAUAUCCAACGAAAGGAGUCGGUUAUCGACCAGCAGCUGCAAAUGGAGCAAACUCUAACGGUUAUGGUGGUAUGAACAAAGGAGUUGGGACAAAAGGUUAUGGAGCAGCUGCUGGUCAAAUGAAUGGACAAGGUGUCAAACCACAGGGAGGGAAUCCAGCUGUUUUACCCAACGGAAAUGGAGCUAAUUCUAAUGGAUAUGGACUUAAAGCCGGCCCCAGCAAUGGACAACAAAUUAAAGGUUAUGGUGCUCAAGCUGGAGGAUAUGGUGGACAACCAACUAAAGGCAACGGUUAUGGUGCUGCAGCUGCUGCACAAAAUGGAUUUGGAACAAAAGGUUAUGGUGCUGGAUUUGGUGUACCUAAUGGGAAUGUGGCUAAAACCCAUGGUCAAGGAGCUGCAGCUCGUCCAUCCAAUGGAUAUGGAACAAAAGGCAACGGUCAAGGAGCUGCAGCUGGUCCAUCCAAUGGAUAUGGAACAAAAGGCAACGGUUAUGGUGCUGGAUCUGGUGUACCUAAUGGGAAUGGGGCUAAAACCAAUGGUCAAGGAGCUGCAACUGGUCCAUCCAGUGGAUAUGGAACAAAAGGCAACGGUCAAGGAGGUGCAGCUGGUCCAUCCAAUGGAUAUGGAACAAAAGGCAAUGGUCAAGGAGCUGCAGCUGGUCCAUCCAAUGGCAACGGAGUAAGACCAAAUGGCCAGGCUGGAGGUAAACCCAUGAAGGGAUACGGUCGACCACCUUUUGGUGCAGGUCCAGCUAUGGGGAUGGGAGCACCCAGAGGUCUAGGAGUACCUCAGCUUGCCAGUAACCAGGGGAAAGCAUAUGGCGGUAAUGGUUUUAAUGGCUAUGGAGCUCAGCCCAGAGGGGGCUACAAUGGCGCCUAUGGCAGCACUGGUUUGGGUCUGGGACCUCGUUUUGGAAAUGGGGGCAUGAAGGGACCUAAACCAGGCUACAGUGCUGCAGCCGGUGCAUCCAAUGGACAAGGUGCAAAACCCAACAGUUAUGCUGGAGCCAGAGCACCUAAUGGGAAUGGAGCUGUGCCAAAUGGUUAUGGAUAUCCAAGUGGUGGAGCAUCCAAGCCAGCAAAACCAGGGUUUGGUAAUAUUCCAAAUGGAUACGGUGCCAAACCCAGCGGAUAUGGAGGUCCCAGAGGAGGUGCAAUGAGACCCCAACCAGGUUAUGGAAAUGGAGCUCUUCCAAAUGGAUAUGGAACUAAACCCAAUGGUUAUGGAGCUGCAGCUGGACCUAAUGUUCCCAAAGGAUAUGGAGCCAAACCCAACGGUAAUGGAGUUAGAAAUGGUGCCACUCUGGGUGGAUAUGGAGAUAAACCUAAUGGAUACGGAGGACCAAGCACAGGCUCAAAACCUCAACAAAAUACCAAAGGAGUAGGAGCAGUUUCACCCAGUGAAGGUGUGAAAACACUUGGCAAUGGUUUUGGUGGUCCUGCUGGGGUCCCUAAUGGACCGCUGGCUAAAGCUGCCAAUGCUGGUUAUGGAAUGAUGCCAAACGGAAAGGGUCAAGCUACAAAGGGUGUAGGCGACUCCAAUCAAAAAGGCCUUAAAGCUGGAGAUCUCUCUCCUCAGCAGCCGAGCGCAGGUCCAGAGGGUGUUGCACCUCAACAAGCCCUAACUCAAGCUGCAGUGCUGGUUGCACCUGAACCUACCAGCGGCAUCCUUGUUAUGGUCACACAAGAGAAGCACAAAAAGCUGCCUUCACCUGUGCCACAAGGAAAAAGCUACAAACAGACACCGCUAAUCCCUGAGGCCAUACCUGAACCAGCACCAGUAUUUCUUGAAGUCAGCGAACCACAGCCUGCAGCUGGACCCACAUCUGGACCUGCACCAGAGCCAGAAGCAGUCCUUCCUCAAGAGAAUGGAGGAGCUUCUGUCUUCAAGGGACAGGGAGUCCAGCCAGCCCAACCUGACUGUGGACCAUCAGGAAUACCAAACGGACAAUGGAUGAAAAUACCUCGACCUGGUUAUAAUGGAGGUGUUGGAGCAUCCAGUGGCACAAAUACAAAAGGGCUUGGAGCAGGGGCUGGUGCACAAAACGGAUAUGAGGCUAAACCUAAUGGUUAUAAUGGCGGCGCUGGAGCAUCUAGUGGCACAAAUACAAAAGGUUAUGGAGGAGGUGCAGGCACGCACAAUGGAUAUGGCGCUAAACCUAAUGGAUAUGGUGCCAGUGCAGGAGGAUAUUCAAAUGGAGGAGGAGCAAAAGCAAACAAACCAGCUUUUAGAGAAGGAGGUUACACCGUCCCUGGACUCAGCAAUGGAUAUGGAGCAGGGCUUGGGUAUCCUUAUGCAGGGAAGACUAAACAACCUGGUUACGGACAAGGAGCUUAUCUUGGAGCUGGAUAUGGGAAUGGAAAUUCAUAUGGAGGAUAUGUGGGUCCAAGUGAAGCAGGAAAGUCUAAAUCAGGGUAUGGAAAUGGCUAUGGUGCUGGUGUACAGCCUGACUAUGCAAGUCUUGGCCAAGGUGUGCCCACUGCAGAGGGCAAGUCAGGUGGAACUGGGCAGAUUCCUUACAAUGGAGCCCCUGUGGUUCCUGCUGGACUCGAUGGAGUGAGUCAGUUUGAGCCUCAGUCUGCUGGAUUUGGUCCGAAUGGAAAACUAGGUGGCAUGUACGGUGGAAUGGGCGGUUUGCCUUUUGGAGGUCAAACACUUGGAAUGGGUGCAGAGAAAUCAAACGCCAAGUACGGUAUUGGAGGGCUGCAGUUUGGUGGACAACCUGCCAGUACGGGAAUGAAUGGUGCAGGAAAGUAUGGUUAUGGAGGUAGCCCCUAUGGGCCUGCAGGUGAUGGCAAAUCAUCAGGAAAAUAUGGUGGUUUUGGUGCUGGCAUGGGAAGCCAUCCUGCUGCAGGAAAAUAUGGAUAUGGUGGGUAUCCCAACGGUGGGCAGCUUCUUGGUCUUGGCAACAAUGGAAAUCCAGCUGGCAAAUAUGGUUAUGGACAACUGCAUUAUGAAGCUCAACCAGCUGGACUGAGCCCUCAAGCAAAAUCUGCUGGCCAAUAUGGUCUGGCUGGGUCACCAUACCAGCCUGAGCAACUUGGGCUUGGAAAUAAUGGAAAAUUAACAGGAAAAUAUGGUGGUGGUGAGGCUGGAUAUGCGCCACAGACUCUUGGUUAUGGGGGUGAAGCAAAAUCUUCGGGGAAAUAUAAUAACCAGGGAGCUUACCAGCCACAGCCUCUUGAGUCCACAGCUGAAGAUACAACUGGUUUAAGUUAUGAGCCUCUGCCUCUUGAGCCAGAAUCAGCUGGAAAAUCGUACGUGAAGGGAGAGGUGCCGACUCCAGCACUUGCAGCUGAAGGUGAAGGGAUGCCCAUCGAUAGAUAUGAUAAUGUGGGCUACAUAAACGGACAAGUGCAGCCAGAAGUUGCUGCAUUUCCUGCUCCCACUCCCAGCCCUGGCCUGGCUGACCCAUCUGUGCCGGCCUACCUCCCCGUGGAGGACUCCUUCACACCUGACGUGGGACCUGGACCAGACGUUCAGGACCUGCCCGACCCAGUGGACUCAACCAGCCCCAUCUAUGAUUCUGCACCAGCUACAGAAACACAAGGUGAAGCUCAGGGGCCUGAGCAACCCGAUGACCUUGAACAACAGCAGCUGCCACGUCAGAUACACAUUCAGCAGCAUCUCAAACUGCAUUUUCACCCACAAGGAGCAAAGAAUAACAAAUAUGAUUUGAAUGGUUUCUUUGGGAAUAGUGGCUAUCAAGGUUAACUCUACCGAAGACAACAAAUAUAUUCCCUUUUUUAGAUGUUAUGUUUGAUUGUUUCUGAAAUGUAUAUUAUUUUAUUUUUUCUGUCUGUAAAACAGUACUGGUAGUCAUAUUUGUGUGUUUGUAAGUAUAUAGAUACAACAUGGUAACAUUUUAAGUUUUCUGUUGUAGUGUAUAUUUUCAUGGUUCUUGCCUUCACCUUUUUGUCCUGCACUUACUGUUUACUGUAUGCAAAGAAACUGUAGUUUGUCUGCUGCAUAUGGUCAGUAUUGUUAUUAAAGCAGUCAGUUUUGAGGGGUGGGGGGAUAUCAAACUAUUUCUACAAGGUAAUAGAUCAGUCUAAUUUAUUUACCAUGGGAAUUUUUUUUUUUUUUACUACUUGUGGUAAUAAUCUGUUUAUUAUUGUACAGUAUUUGAUUAAAUAAAAACAGAAGAAUCCCAACAGUG